AUGGGUGACUGGAGUUUCCUAGGGAACAUCUUGGAGGAGGUGAAUGAGCACUCCACAGUCAUCGGCAGAGUCUGGCUCACCGUGCUGUUCAUCUUCAGGAUCCUCAUCCUUGGCACGGCCGCAGAGUAUGUGUGGGGGGAUGAGCAGUCUGACUUCGUGUGCAACACCCAGCAGCCGGGCUGUGAGAACGUCUGCUACGACGAGGCCUUCCCCAUCUCCCACAUCCGCCUCUGGGUGCUGCAGAUCAUCUUCAUCUCCACUCCCUCCCUGGUGUACGUGGGCCACGCUGUGCACCACGUCCGCAUGGAGGAGAAGCGGAAGGAACGAGAGGCAGAGGAGCUGUGUCAGCAGCCCGGGGGCAACGGUGCUGAGAGGGGGCCCCUCGCCCCAGACCAGGGCAGCAUCAAGAAAAGCAGCAGCAGCCGAAGCACCAAGAAGUUUCGACUGGAGGGGACCCUGCUGAGGACCUACAUCUGCCACAUCAUCUUCAAGACCCUCUUUGAGGUGGGCUUCAUCGUGGGCCACUACUUCCUGUACGGUUACCGGAUCCUGCCCCUCUAUCGCUGCAGCCGGUGGCCCUGCCCUAACAUGGUGGACUGCUUCGUGUCACGGCCCACCGAGAAAACCAUCUUCAUUCUAUUCAUGUUGUCUGUGGCCUCCGUGUCCCUCUUCCUCAAUAUUAUGGAGAUGAGCCACCUGGGCCUGAAGAGGAUCCGGUCGGCCUUCAAGAGGCAUGUAGAACAGCCACUGGGGGAGAUUCCUGAGAAACCUCUCCACUCUAUUGCUGUCUCGUCCAUCCAGAAAGCCAAAGGCUACCAGCUCCUGGAAGAAGAGAAAAUCGUGUCCCACUAUUUCCCUUUGACUGAGGUUGGGAUGGUGGAGACCAGCCCACUAUCUGCCAAGCCUUUCAGUCCGUUUGAGGAGAAGAUCGGCACAGGACUCCUGGGGGGCUUGUCACAGGUUUACCAAGAGAAGCUGCCCUCCUACGCUCAGGUGGGAGCAGCGGAAGCGGAGGAGGAGGAGCAGCCUGUGGAGGAGGGAGCAGAACCGGAGGUGGAAGAGAAGAGGCAGGAAGCAGAGAGGUUGACCACAGAUGAGCAGGAGGCAGUACUGGAGGAGGAGAAAAUAGAGACCUUUAAAGUGGGGAAGGAGGGGGAGAAGGAAGACCUGCAGGCAGAAAAGGUAUCAAAGCAAGGGCUGCCGGCUGAGAAGGCGCCUUCCCUGUGUGCAGAGGUGACCACAGAUGAAACCAGACCGCUGAGCAGGCUGAGCAAAGCCAGCAGCCGGGCCAGGUCAGAUGAUCUAACAGUAUGA